CGCACUUUUCCCGCGCUUUCCUGGCAAUGCCGCGCUGCACCUGCCGUCCCGCCGAGCUCUUCACCAUAUUUCUCUUUUAAGUGAUCGUCGGAAUAAUUUUGAGGGCUUGGUGCUCAUGGAAAAAUGGAGUUCACCCCCAAGAAGCAGAUAAUUCCCAGCUACAAUGCAAGUUACCGAGCUCCAUACUCCGUGGGUAGCCAGACCAGUUACAAGAGGUUGAAGAAGAGGAUCAACCAGUCUGUCUCUCCUCAACCUUCAUGUCAUGUUAGGUCACCACAGGCAUAUCCAGCAAAACGCUUCUUCAGUCGUGCUGAAAGAAUUGUCAACCUUUCAAAAAUUGGUCAGGCAGGUGAUGCAACAGCAACUCCAGAGAUCAAGAGUAGGACAUCACCCCUAAGCACCAAGAGACCCUUCAGUGCUGUGAACACAGUUGAGGAUUUCAAAGAACAAGUCUACCCUUCUUGUCCUGACAAAGAUUUAGGUGCUGUUGAUGGCAAAAAGAAGCCCAACGAUGAAAAUGACCCGUAUAAUUUCUCUUCCAGCCAUGACUUUGAAAUCUUUGAUAAAAGAGCCAAGACAGAUGUGUUCAAGGACACUGCCAGUGUGAGCAGUCCAAGAAUAAGUGUUGUAAAAUCUUAUUCCAGCAAGAAGAAGCAGCUAGACUUAUCUCGAUCAAAGCUUCUGGGAGAUAUUUCCCCAGAAAAGGUAGAGAAGGCUUAUGGGCUAAAGUUCAAGUCUACAGCAGAAAAGGAGAAUGUGCCAGCAGAUACUGCAACAGGGGGAGAGAGUGUUCACUUCUCUGAACCUACUGCCACAUUACCACACCUCAUUGGGUUUGCAAACUAUGGCAAUACUUGUUAUUUGAACUCUGUGGUUCAGUCACUGUUUGGGUUGGCACCUUUUGUGGAGGAUCUUCAGUUGGUGUCUGCCCAGCUCAACUUGCCCUCCACUUCUCUUUCCUCUGGCCUCAUCCAAGUAAUUGCUGCCCGCAUGAAGGGACAAGUGGCAGGAGUCAAAGAGUCAUUGAAGACAGUAAAAGAAAACCUGGUUCGUGUUGAUGGAUCCUUUUCUGGCUAUAAAAUGCAAGAUGCUAAUGAAUUUUUGACUCGCGUCCUGGAUACUAUAAAGGAUGAAAUUGACCGCUGCCAUGUGACCAAUCCUAGUCCUGAUUGCUCUCUCAGUGCCAAGGAUGGAGACCUUGAUGAACUAUUUCCUAAUAGUAUUAGGUGCCUAAAACGUGACAGUCCAGACGGAGAAAUUCUUGAAAAUGAAAGAAUAAGUGUGAGUGAUAUAACACAACAGGACUGUGGUUCAGAAGAAUCUGCAAGUAGAGAAAAGGUGUUAGCAACAGGUGAAAGUGAGGGCCAACACCUACCUUUGUGUUCUCCACCGUCCAACACCCCUAGCAAAGGCUGUGAUGAGGAGACCUUACCCAGGAACCCGGUUAAAGAUAAUUUUGAGUUCCAGCUUUUUGAGUCCUACAGAUGCCUUGGAUGCAAUAAAGUGGAGGGAAGAAAACAAGAGUACUUUGGACUCUAUGUGAACUUGCCUGAAGAAAAUCAUGAAAGCAUCCAAGAUGCCCUAGCCUCAUGCAUGGAAGAGGAUAAGAGGGAGCUCAAGUGUGAGGAUUGUGGACACAGUCAUGCCUCAGUAGUAACUACAGUGACGAGGCUACCAAGAAUACUCAUAGUGCAGCUGAAAAGGUAUGAAUAUAAGGCAGACCAGGGGGAAAGCAUCAAGAGAUCCUGGAAAGUUCCUGUUACUAACUGGCUAACUCUUGAUGAAUAUGUCGUCGAAGAUGCCACAAGCCCAUCACCAUGGAAGCCCCACUCUGGAAGCAUUACUCCGCGUUCCAGUAAGCAGACCACCCUCACUGUGCGUAACUUGUCAUCAGAGUUAAAUGUGUCUGAAGGAAGAAAAGAGCAGGAAGACUUUGCCGUGUCUGCCUCAGUUUCUCCUAAGUCUCAAGGUGUAACUGCUGCUCCUCCCACUUCUGAUAAAGAAGAUGAAGAACUUCAGGAGGUGAUGCUACGAAGUAUGGAUGACUUUGGAGGCACAAGGGAGGAAGAUGAGAUUCAGCAGGCUAUCAAACUUUCCUUGCAAGAUCUGGGCAUGAGCUAUACCCAAGAGAACCAGAGUCAGGUCAGUGAGGAUCAGGUUGAAGAAGAGAGCCCUAGACUAUUAACAAAGAAGUAUGAGGAAGAUGAGGAUAAAAUCAACAAUCAUCGUCAUGCCUAUCGCCUAAUCAGUGCAAUCAGUCACUUUGGGUGCACCACUAACACAGGUCAUUAUGUAGCAGACGUCUAUAAUUGUGAGGAGGAAAGCUGGUUCCAUUACGAUGAUGAAUCUGUGUCCAAGAUCCCUGAAAGUGUGGUGCUAGCUGAGGGCAGACAAAAAAAUGGUUAUAUUUUUUUCUAUAUGCACAAGGAUGUCUUCCAGAAAAUUGAGAAGUCCAACCUUCAUAGGUAAUGACUACCAAAGGUGCAUUUGUACAAAUCAGUAUAUAUUUAUAUAAAACACAUGUAAAUAGAAUUAAUAUUCUUGUAAAUAAAAGUAUUUUUGUGUUGAAUCAAAGGCAAAGUAUUUUUUAUUUGUAAUAUGUAUAUAUACAUAUUGUUGUGCAUCAUUAAAGUUUUACUCUAGCAAUACGGCAUUCUUACCACACUGAAAUUUGAAUUUGAAUUUAUCAUUUAAAAAAUAGUGGUCAUGGUUUAUUUGAAAGGACAUGUCCAUGCAAUUAAUAUAAAUCAAAACAUGAGAAAUAAUGUUUGGUAAUAUUUCAUGGCAGACUUUAUUUUAAUUUCAGAUUAAGUAUUUAAAAGAAUGCUUUCUUCAGUACUGCUACAUGCACACACUUGUUAAAAGUCUUGAGCAGUUCUACUGUAUGCACUCAUUUUAAAGACUUGAGGAACACUGCUGCACACACUCAUGUCAUUGUCUUGAGCAGUAUUAUUACACACACACACACAGUCUUGAACAACACCUCUGCACACUCAUGUCAAAGUCAGUCUCAAAAAUUAAUUGUACUUAACCAUUAAAUUUUUUGCCAGAAAAUUACAUAAGUUUUCCUGAUAUCUGCUGGAAACUAGCUUUUUUUUUUUUUAACAUGUCUGCUGUGAUUGGAACAAAUUUGGCUUUUCCUGGUAGCCUGGUAACAUACAGUCCCAAGUCUUUCUCUGGCUCGAUGGUGGAUAGUGGAGUGUUUCCCAUGUGGUAUUAGUGUGCUGGAUAUCCCCUCCCAAGGUGCAUGACUACAUUUUUAUUCAUUGAAUUGUAGCAGCCACUUUUUGCUCAAUUCCUGUAGCUUCUUGUAGGAAAUCCACAGUCAACAGGUUAAUAGUUGAUCCCGUAUCUAUAUUUUACUGUCUGGGUGAAGAAAUAUUUGUUUCCUAUGCUUAGUCCCCUCAGAAUUGGGGUACAUUAGCAGGUAAAAGGCCUUGGUUGGCUUGCACUGAAAAAAAAGGCCAGGAUACACUAGUGCUCAAAAUGCUAGAUUGGCAAAUGGAUGAAACACUAGUAUUCUGGUUUCACACUAAUGGGCAGAAAUUCUAGGAAAUGUGUAUUACAAAUGAACUAUCUUAUGGAACAGAAAAAAAAUGCUUGAUUAUUUCAUGUUUAUUUUUCAUUUUAGAUAAAUUACAAUGGUGCUAUAACAACAAAUUUGACAAAAAAAUGUACUGGCCUUGUAAGAGUCAGCUCCAUGAAUUUAACCAAAAAUACAGAUGAAAGAACUUGCUUUUUAUAGAAGCAUGUAUGGUGCUUUUAUUGUGGUAAAUUCUGCAAAAUUCAUGCCCAAUUUUUUUCACAUGAAUAUAUUUUUCUUGACAAAGAUCAAUUUGGGAGUAAUGUAUAAUGAUACCAUGCCUGUUUAAUAAUUGUUUUCAAAGGGUAGUAUGAUGUGAUACUUCAUAGAAAUUUACAUGGUAAAAAAUGGAAACAAGCAGCAUAUUAUAUGUGUAAAUAAGUAUUAGGGAGAGAAGUUGAAAAUUAUAUAGCAACGACAAUGGAAGAAAGUAUGAAACAUUAAAUUUCAAAGUAAUCUCUAAAUAUCCAGACAUGACAUGCAGUGUUAGAUAAACCAGACAGCAAGGUAUUCUUCACUUCAAGCAAUCAAGACCUAAUCAACAGUUAACCAUGGAGAUGGCACAUUAAGGGAUCCAGAUGACUGCCAGCAAUGCGAGUGAGACAUUUGUUUUUAGGGUAAAACAGUAGAGAAGAACUUGUCCUUGCUCAUCAUUGUUUGUUAGAUACCAAAGGUCUGUCUUUGGGAACAGAUUACAAAACAUACGGCAUAAGCUGUGAAAGAAACAUUAAUGGAAAUGAAAAGUCUCAGAUUUUGUAAGUGUGAGAUCAAGUAAAUGAUUGUGGAGGACAGCUGACAAGAGAUAUGAUAGGUACAUGGUUAUAUCCUGAACCUGUAUAGCUACUUAGUGUUAAACUUUCAACAUGAAGGUUGCCAGAAUGGCUUAAAACCCCUAUCAUCAUGUAACACACGUGAGUCAGGUUUAUAUUAUUGAGUGCCAGUACUGGACCUCUUGCCUUCAGUUGUCUGUUUAUUUAGGUCUGAACCCCUCACCCUGCCCAGUGCAUCUUUUGGAUUAUGAUUAUGACAUAAUAGGAAACCUAUUUGUUUUUCUUUAUAUUGCUAGCUAUGCUGUAGAAGUGCAAUAAAAGGAUAGAUUUGUGCAUUGUUUGGAAGGUGGACUCUGCAGUAGAUUAAUUAUGAUUAUCCUUUGUAACUAGUCAUUAUUAGCAUUAAUGCUCAUCAGUUUUUCACAGCUGGAUAGAAAGGUUUUCUGUAAAAUUUGAAUAAAUUUAAAUUUUUAUA